AUGGCCGACAUUGAGAGACGUCUUCGUCGCGCUCGAUACAUAAAUGAAUUGUUUCCAAUGGAUAGGAGAGUUUUCCGUGAUCGAACGAACCCAUUGGAAACUUUGUCCCCGAUGGAAAUUCGUGAACGGUACCGGUUUUUCCCGGAAACUAUUCUGUUUCUUGUCAACAUGCUGAAUUUGGAGAGGGCUACUGAACGUUCUUGUCCUCUUCCGCCGCUCAUUUCAACUUUAGCGGCAUUGCAUUUCCUUGCAACUGGCACACACCACAUUGUGACGGCAGGGCUGCAUGGAAUCUCAAGGUCCAGUGUAUCUAGAGCGGUCAAGCAAUUCACGGACAGCGUUUCCCCCAAGUGGUUUCAAGCGCCUAGCGCCAACGAAGACGAUUAUGUGAACAAAAAGGGAUUUCACUCCCUUAAUGUACAGAUGAUUUGUGAUGCCACUUUUCGGUUUGUUGACGUAGUCGCAAAGUGGCCUGCGAGCGUUCACGAUUCAAGGAUCUUUCGUGAAAGCGCCAUACGUCAGCGCUUUGAAAGAGGUGAAAUCGACGGUCUUCUGCUUGGUGACUCUGGCUAUGGAUGCAAGAGGUAUCUUAUGACACCAUAUCAAAACACCGACAGUCCUUGUAAGGUAUAG